AUGAAGCUUCGACGAGUAGCACUCCCAUGUCCGAUGAACUGUAUUUUAAUUAUUGCAGUGGUCAUUUGGUCAUUAAUCUUCUUUUAUCUCUCACUCAGUCUGUAUGGUUUGCAAUCAAAAGGAAAGGAUAUUAAUGAGCAACAAACUUUGGUAUUAAACAAUGAGCGAGUUUUGUUGGAUUUAGCAGAACUAAAGCAUGAAAAUGAAAAACUUCGCAAAUUGUUAAAAGGUGUACAUAUGUUGGAAGGAAAAGUGACUGUGGAGAAGCAGGAUGGCUAUGCAAAAAUAAACCAGGGAUUUGAAAAGAAGGAAGAGUGGGCUAAUAAAGAAAAGAAUGGAACUUUGGUCCUUUCGUCAUCGAAUGGUUUUUCAAUGAAACAUGAAAUAGCGAGACGUGCGCUGCAUAAUUCAAUAUGGGAACUUUAUUACUAUCUCGACAAUCAACUUGCAUCAACUCACAACAACAAUUCUGCAUUCAUAAAUCAUACACGGAAUCAGUUGCUUUCUUUGCUUGGUCAAGCGGCAGCAUUCAGAAAUGUUGACUCAGCGGAAAGUUGGCGAACAAAUGCACUUGCAAAUAUUUCGGCAAUAUUUCAGAAUCAUUUUGACAGAAUGCAAAAUCCUGACGAUUGUAAAGCUGUAAAAAUUUUAAUAUGUGAUUUAAAUAAGCGAUGUGGUUUCGGUUGCCAACUACAUCACGUUACAUAUUGUUUCAUUGUUGCAUACGGUUCAAAUCGCACACUCGUCUUAACGGAUGAUGGUCGUACAUGGAAUUACGCCGCAAAUGGCUGGGCUACUGCUUUCCUUCCAAUUACUAAAUGUUCAUUUUCGGAAAUUUUCAAGCCCAACGAAUAUGCUGACGAUUGGGGUAUUGAUAAACAUUACUGGAAUAAACGGAUAGUAAAAUUGCCAAUUAUUGAUUCACUCUCUCACCGACCGCCCUAUCUUCCACUUGCUAUCCCGCAGUCACAUAGUGACGAGCUACUCAAGCUGCACUCCAAUUCUCCAGCAUUCUUCAUUUCACAGUUUAUACGGUAUCUAAUGCGCCCAUCAGCGAUAUUUGCAAAAGAAAUAUAUCGGGCUUCAAAGAAAGUGCCGUUCAAUAAAGGACCAGUCGUUGGUUGGCAAGUCCGUCGGACGGACAAAAUUGACACGGAGGCAUCUUUUCAUGGUUUGGAUGAGUACAUGAAAUGGACAGAAGAUUGGUUUCGGAUUGAAGAAUAUCGUACACAGUCAUGGGUUAAGAGGCGAAUUUAUAUUGCNCAAGUCCGUCGGACGGACAAAAUUGACACGGAGGCAUCUUUUCAUGGUUUGGAUGAGUACAUGAAAUGGACAGAAGAUUGGUUUCGGAUUGAAGAAUAUCGUACACAGUCAUGGGUUAAGAGGCGAAUUUAUAUUGCAACUGAUGAUCCAGAAGUUUUCGAUGAAGCUGCAAUGAAAUAUCCAAAUUACGAGAUAUAUGGUGAUCCAAAAAUAUCACAAAUGGCUCAAGUUCAUUCCCGCUAUACUGUAGAGUCAUUAAUUGGUAUUGUGAUCGAUAUUGAAUUAUUAUCAAGAUGUGUAUAUCUUGUCUGCACAUUCAGUUCGCAGGUUUGUCGUGUGGGUUACGAGUUAAUGCAAGUUCGUUUUGGUGAUGCAGGUGAUCGAUUUCAUUCCUUGGAUGAUAUUUACUACUUUGGUGGCCAACAAGCUCACGAACAAAUAGUAGUGGAGUCGUAUAAUGCUGAGAGUGAUAACGAAAUUGAUUUGAAGAUUGGUGAUAUUAUUGGAAUUGCUGGUAACCACUGGGAUGGCUUCUCGAAGGGCAUUAACAGGCGAACAGGCAAAAAAGGUCUCUAUCCAUCUUACAAAGCUCGUGAAAAGUAUAUUAUCUUAGAUUUUCCUUAA